CAUUUUGGCUCAAGCGUUCGCAUGGCCCCGCCGCCCGCCGCUCCCUCCUCGCGUCGGAGCCGCCGUGGGAUGGCGUGGCCUAGAGGGGCUCGCGCGCUGCCCGCCGCCGCCGCCGCGCUGGUGGAGGCGGCCGUGCGCGGCGCUGUCCUGGGGGGCGCCCCACGCCGCACUGUCGCGGCGGUGGCAAGGUCGGCCGUCUCGGCCGCGCUGUUCGCUCAGCGCGCCGAGGAAGCCGUGCCGCCGCCUCGCGACGCUGCCGCUGGUGGCGAUCCACCCCCUGCUCAUCCUGAUGUUACUCGCCCUGGCCCUGCUGGUGCAGCUGUCGCCGAGCCCGCGGCGCGUGAAAGCGGCGGCGGGCGCUCCUGCUGCCGUCGUGGUGGAGACGACGGAGGUCGACGUGGCGGCCGCGGGUGCGGCGGCUGGCUCUGCUGGCACGGGCCUCGCGCUCGUCCAGGUGGCGGGGGCUGCUGGCGACGCGGACGCCGACGACGACUCCUUGGCCGACGACGCCUGGGCCGACGGCCUGCGGCGCUCGGCACCCGGCGCUGUCCCCUCGGGCGGCGCCGACGCGCGGGCUGGUGCUCCGGCGGCGCCUGCUGCGCCCUGCGAGCCUGUGUCUGCUGCUGCUGGUGCGGCGGCGGCUGCGGGCGGCGAGGCGUGGCGGCUCGCACCGUGGGAGGAGAGGCACCCGGGGGAGGAGGACGUUCGGGUCGUCGCGGCGCGGGUCCUCGCGCAGAUCGGGCAUCGCUCCUCCUGAUGCUCGAGGAGUCGCUGGUGCGGUUCCUCGUGUUCCUGGUGCUCGAGAAGUCGCUCGUGCGGAUCCUCGUGCUCGCGAGCGUGGAGCUUUUCCUCUCCCGCUCGUCGGCGUGGUACGCGUACUACGUCUACCUUGACUGCAUCGUCGGCACGGUCGGGGGGUCCAGGUCUGGUCAGGUCCAGGCCUGGCCCCCCGCUGACCUCUGGUGUUGUCAGGGAGCGGCGCAUGU